AUGCAUAGGUUCAUUGAGAAAAAUAAAUCCAUUCAGGAGACUCCACAGCAUCUCUGCGUCAGCGCUGACGUCACCAGCAAUGAUAAAGACGUUUGCAAAGACGCUCCGUUUGUCCCGACCGUCACCGCCAUCUCCUCCAGUCCGGAUUUCCGGUGGAUGGUCCAGCCGACGAUCAUUACAUCUGUCUCCCCGUCUCCGGGUUGCGAGCGAGCCAACGAGGCGCAAAGCUCUCGCCGCCAAAACCGGGCGACACCCAUAAGAGAGAGCAGGAAUAAGGGGAAGAAUGCGGUGCGAAAGGCAAAAGCGGAGCAGCUGUCCCCGGAGGAGGAGGAGAAGAAGAGGAUCCGAAGGGAGAGGAAUAAAAUGGCUGCCGCCAAGUGUCGCAACCGACGGAGGGAACUGACGGAUACGCUGCAAGCUGAGACGGACAAACUGGAGGAGGAAAAAGCAUCCUUGGAGACAGAAAUUGCCAACCUCCUCAAAGAGAAGGAGCGCCUGGAAUUCAUCCUGGCCACCCAUCAACCGGCUUGCCAAAUGUCCCGGGACACGGAGUCCGACGGCUCCCCGGAAAGUCCGGAGGAGCCGGGCGGUCUCCCGGACGACGGCGUUCGGGAAGCUCCUUCGCUCCAAGAGACGGACGUCCCCGGCGAUCCGUCGGCGGCCAUCUCGGGGAAUUCCGACAUCCUGUUGUGCGCCAGCGCCCAAAUCGACGUCUGCGAUCUGGAACCUUCGCUGGACAUCGAGGAGGGGCUCCUGGACCAAAUGCUGCCCGCUUUAGAGGACGAGCCGCCCGGGGAGACGGCGCGAUCCGUUCCGGACAUCGACCUGAGCGGCUCCCUCGGCGUCUCGGACUGGGAGACUCUGUACAGGUCGGUCUCCGGCGACCUGGAGCCCCUCAGUACUCCCGUGGUGACCUCCACCCCGACCUGCGGCGGCUACCUGUCCGUCUUCACCUUCUCCUGUCCCGAGCUGGACUUGCUCGCAGAGGGGCCGGAGAGCCACAAAGGAGGAAAAAGCGAAUCUGUCGACCGCCUCAAUUCCCCGACUCUACUGGCCUUAUAA